AUGACGUGCCCAUGCCAAAUACUAGAUCCUUUCGGCAGGCUGCCUUUGUCGGCUCUUAUCGCCAUUGCAAAGGACAUGCCCGAUCUGGCGUCUCUGCACAGCUUCCGCCUCAUCUCACCUGCCUGUGCCGCUGUGUUUAUGGACCCAAAGACGGGAGCCCGCAUCAUGGAAUUGAUAGCGAGAAAGAACUUGGACUAUAUGAACCAAAAGAUCUUUGGCUACAUCUGGGCACUGCUCCAAAACCCCGAAUCAGAAUGGCCAAUAGCCCUCGGACGUCCUUUUAAGAUCUCACCAAUGUAUGUUACUAGAAGCUGGCUCGGUUCUUCAACGCCAACAAUCGAAUCUACGCUUCAAAUCUUGGUAUUAGCCAAGACAGUCCACAACGCUGCUCAUCGGUGUCUUCAUACACUUUUGGAGCGCUUCACGGCGCUGCGACCAUGGCGUCCAGAAAACGCCAAGUGCAAUCUCAAAAGACUGCCGUUCUGGAAAUAUUCUCCAAACACCCCCUUCAGGCUACCUCCAGAGCGGGAAGGCCAGCUGUCCGGGAUUAAUCUCAAAGCGGCAGCAGGCCCGUUGGAAUGGUUUGAGGAGCAGAAUGUUGUCUACGGUGCCUGGCUAUUUGCUCUCUACGCUGUCGUGCGCGAAACACCGGAGCCAGACAUCUGGCCUCCAGCUAGAUCGACAGUCAAGCAUCUAAAAGCCUUGCAAUUAGAGAAAAGCCUGAGGGCAAUAGAGAUGCCACAGGUGCUCUUGGGCAGGUCGACAACGCCAACCUCGCCCAUACCACAUCGACCAUUAUCUAACUUCUUCCCAUGGGCAUCUUCAUGUAGCGAGACUGGCUGCUCGAUAGCACCAAAGUGGUAUGCAGGUUCUGAGCAUCUCCAUAUCACCUCCAGGGGCAAGCAUUUCUUAACCAACGCGCGUGAAACGCCUUGGUCAGCGAUCAGAGCCGCCCCAAUCUGGCCUUUCCGGGCUCUUGGUUUCUCAAUAUGGGGAGAGUACAGGUUCAUAAACAUGGGCCUGCUCACUGGCAGUUGUGAUCUAGCAAAUCAUUUUGCCAACGCCGCCGAUGUGGCAGAGUGCAGUGACUGGUACGCAUGGAAGAGUGUGCUGACUCUGUCACAGCUUGAAGCGUUAAAGGACGCACAGUAUGAUGCAUGGGUGCGGUGGCAGCAAGAGCCAGCAAACAGGGGAGUCUAA